AUGAUCAAUCCGCUUGAAAGGUUUGAUGCUUUCUCAUCAAACCGGCUGAACAAGCGUGAUGUCGGAAGUGGAUAUCAAUUAUCUUCUAGUUAUACGAUAGGUCCAAAAACACAUGCUUUAUUCACUUUCUUUCAUCUAAUAAAUCGGUCAGUUACAAGUGCUCCAUGGCUUUUCUAUCUUCACGUGUUCUUCAUUGCGAUUCAGUUAUAUGCCGCUACAUUCGCCCCAUAUAAUACAGGUGUUUGGAAUGGAAAGUACCCAAAAUUAGAUACAUUUUUCAAAAUAUGCACUAUUAUCAUCCGAUAUAUUCCUAAAGGCUCAAGUGAUACAGCAGAAUAUGUAGUAUUUGCAAUUGCAGCAGUUCUUACAGUCAUGAACUUUUCAUUAUUCAUAUCUAUCAUCUUAACACUCAAAGUACAAGAAAGUGCAAACAUGAAGCUGAAAAUUUUCUUCUUUUACAACUUUUUCUUUUAUCCAAUAUUUCAAAGUUGUUUUAUUUCUAUUACCACGAAGAAUUUAUACGCAAUUAUAGUUAAUCCAUCCAUCGGUGCAUUCUUUUUAUCUGCCGCCGCUCUGAUCGUUUUAUUAUUACUCUUUUUCAUGUCUGGCUUAACCGCUAUUGCCACUGCGUCAUCACCAGCACCAAAUGUAGCAAAUCCAAUUUCGGUUUGGGCACCAAAUUCAUGGGAUAGCGUUGUAUUUUACUUCAUGGUCACAUUAGUUUUUGUUUGUGUUGAAUACGAGAGCGCUCUUAAGGGCACAGCGCUUGCUGUUGUUCUCAUUGUGAGAUGCAUCGGUUCAAGUAUCCUUGGUUCCUACCAUGUUGCACGAAUUUAUUAUAUUAAUUACUUUGCAUAUCAAUUCAUUACAUCCUGUUACAUGACAUUUAAUAUUUACAUCAUCAUUUUGAUCAUUUCUGUCUUCCAUCCAGGAAUUGUGCCUUAUUGGGCAGUUAUUGUAGUUUUUGUUUUUCUUGUUUUUGCACUGUUUUUCAUUUUCAAACUUUAUACUCAUAUUCGUAUCAAGAAGUUCAUGAAAAACCUGAAGAACGCACAGAAACUUGAUCCCACAGAUACAAAAUCAAGUAAACGAACAGACGACGAAGAUGAACCAUUACUUGACCAAUUUUCAGAUUUGAAACUUGGUAAUAGCAUGCAAGCAUUGUUUGCAGUCCGUGCAGCAUGUAUCUUAGGUCUUGAUUGUUUUGCGGAUGGUAGUAUUGUUAAAUACGUAUUACAUAACUAUCCAGAUUUGCAAUUCGAGAUGUUAUACAUGAAUUUUUUGAUUCCAGAUAAUUUGAAUUUCCUUAAACAAUUGAUUGACUCAUUUUUAUCACGUAAUACACCAAAAUUCCUUGAAGCAGCAAUCUUAUUCCAACUUGUUACAUCAAUACAAGAGUCAUCAAAUGAAUUAUCAUCUGAGAUCUCACAUGAAAUCUCAAAGAACUCAUUGGCAGGUUUCAAAUGCGAACAAAUCUUAUCUAAGUUCUGGGCCGGCUGUUAUAAAGGUGAUAUUUCACAGAUGUCACGUUCAACAUUUAUGUUACAUCAGAAUAUUUACGAGUUGUCAGAGAACUGGCGACAAUUAGUUAUCCGAUAUCCAUAUUCGACACCAACACUGAAAGAAUACAUCAAGUUCUUGAAUGGCAUUGGUCGUCAGCACCGAUUGGCAGAAACAUUGAUCAAAGUCCAUCCAAAGUUGUCAGACAAUGCAUCAUCAAACAUCAACCAAACACAACAAGACAAUGAGAUCAACAUGACAUUAUUACACAUGUCUAUUGAAGAUGCAGUUGAUCGACGUCCAUUAUCGAGUUUGUAUCAUGCUAAAAUCCGAUUGUAUUUAGCAGUUAUAUUAGCCAUCAUUUUCAUUAUCGCUGCUAUUGUUUUAGCAUUUAUUUUCAUUUAUAUCAGUUCAGGCAUGUCAUCAUAUUUAUAUUAUUCAGACACAACAUUAUCACUGAUUUUCCAUUCUCCAAAUCUUUUUGAAAAGAUCAAAAACAACGAAAGUGAUUCACGUGAGAUCUUCUUCAACCAUGCUAAGACAUUAGAUACAUCCAUGACAAUGUUGUUGACGAACACGCCAUUUAAAGUUCUGAAGAGUAAUUCAGAAUUGGAUACAAAUUUGACUGUUCAAGUUAUCAAUUACAAACAAUCAGAAAAAGUCGGAAUUGUCAAAUUUUUACGAUUAUAUUCAUAUUUUGCACGUAGUAUUCCAUUUGUUGAAACUAACGAUACUCUUGUUACAUUGAUGAAGAACAAUACAUUUGGCAUUGGCUAUGCAGUGUUUCUUGCAAGUGAUGCCGAAUUAGUUUCUAUUCAAAGUAUUAUUAAUUCACUUCGUAAAUACAUCAACAUUUUCUAUGGUGUUACAUGGGGCAUCAUGAUCUUGUUCAUGGUUUCAUUGAUAUAUUUAGGUCUUCAGAAUGUUCGUAAUGAGUUAAAAUACAUCUUUAACUUAUAUUUGACCAUUCCACGAUCAUUAAUUACGGAAUUCAUGGAUGGCAAUGGUUCCAAAAAAGAAAAUGCACACCGAGUUUUCUCAUCAAACAUCUUACAAACGAACACAUUUGAUGAUGUUGAUGAUGCACAACAGAACCAAGAACAGAAUGAUUACAAAGCAGUUGACAAUCUCAAACUGCUAGUUCAUGAUCAAACAUCAAGUUCAACCGUUAUUCCUAAACACUUUUCUCUUAAAGUUUGGUUGAUCCUCGGUUGUAUCACAUUGUUGUUGAUGAUCAGUGCAACAGUUGAAGUUUUCCUUUUCACACAGUUUGUUAGCGAGAUGAUGUUAUGUUUCAGGACACUUCAAAUGACAUCACAACGAACGACAGGAUGUUCUAUUGCAUUGCAAGGUUUGUUGAGUAACUUCACCACAUUCUCACGAGAUUAUUGUGUUGCACGCCUUCAAUUGUCAAAAGAUUUCAACAACAAACUUUUGUUUGCAGUUGACGAAAACAUCUCUAAGAAGAUGCUCACAUCAUCCGAUUACUACUCUAUUGUUCACGACCAUCCAUGUGAAGACGACGCUAACAUGAGUUGUUGGCCAUUCAAUCACUUGUUCGAUUAUUACAUGAUAUUAGCCAGCAAAGCAUUCAAUUCAACUAUUUCAGAUUCAGAAAUGAAUACAUUAGUUAAUCUUUACAACGACUAUUUGUAUCCUAAAUCAGUUGACUUGCAUGAGAUUGGUUACGAAUACAUUGUCAACCAAUUCAAACGAGAACAAAUCAUUAUUUUGCUUAUUUUCUUCAUUAUCAUCAUUGUUGUUAUUUUCACAGGUUUUGUUUUCCUUCGACCUAUCAUCAAACAACUUGAUUCCACUAUCGAAGCAGUCAAACUCCCAUUGAAGUUCAUCCCUCCAAUCAAAGUUCCGGAUCUCCCGAAGAUCAUGUUGUAUCUUCAAGGUGAAGCAGAUUGGCAAUAUGAGAAUUUCUUGAAUCUCACAGAGACAGACAAUUCUCGAUUCGGCAACUACUUGAACAUCCUUGAGUAUCCACAUGCUAUUUUCGAAGAAGACAAGACACUUCUAUUCGCUAAUCCUCCAUUCUAUUCAUUGAUUGGUGCACCACGCGAAGCAUGCAUUGGUCUUAGCAUGGAAUCUAUUUUCUCACGAGUUAUCAACUUCAAGAAUGACGACAAACACCCAUUCCACGACAUCCUUCGUUUCGCUGAUGGUGCAGCUCAACAGACAUGCACAAGCAUCACUACAUCAUUCGAACGUCAAGGUCGUAAGAUGAAGAACGUCGAAAUCCACCUUACAAAGAUCGAAAGCGAAGAGAACAAACACGUCUUCAUCAUGUCAUUCGACGACUUGAGUUAUCACGACCAUCUUGAAGAGAUCACACGAUACGAGCGCCAGAUUGCCGAGAACCUGAAACACAUGGCUUUACCAGCACAGCUAUUCAACGCUCUUAAUGUCGAUGGUAUUUUAAAAGCACGUAGCUACGAGAAUACAGCUAUGUCUAGUUUCUCUAUUGGAUAUGCAAGCAUCAAAGACGAAUACGACGGCGAGCUUGCUGAUGGCUGUUCUCUUUUCAUGAAGUCAGUUAAAGAAGUUUCAGGUGUUUUCCCUAACAUCGUCAAAAUCGUCCAAGAACCUCCACAUUUCAUUUUCUUCUUGAUUCCCGAAGAAAACGAACAACUUGAUGUUAUUGCCAUCCAGAUGGUCCACUUCAUGAACGCUGUCAUCAACUCAUUCAACUCCAGCACACAGAAGUUCAAGAUCUCAGGCAUCAUGCUCGUUGGUCAGAUCAUGAUCAUCCCUAUGAAGACUAAGUUACCAGUCAUGGAGUGUUUUGGGAGUGGAUAUCGUGUUUUGAUUCAGACUCGUAUGAAGAUCAAGAACUCAGGGAAGUUCUAUGUUACAAAAGACACCGCUUCUCUUCUUACGGAACAGAAGACAGUCACAUUUUCAGAAGAAUGUGACUCAGACUUAUAUGUUGUCAACUCUCGACACAUGGAUGACUAA